AUGUCAUUCGAUAUUAAUUGGGACAAUAUAGGUAAUGAUAGUGCUCUUAAUCUUAUUAUUAAAAAUCAAUUAAGUUCAUAUUUGCAAAGUAUUUCUUUACCAAGUUAUGUUAGAAAUUUACAAAUAACAGAUUUCUCCUUGGGGAAGAUUGCACCAAAGAUAACUUUAAAAGAGAUUAAUGAUCCCUUACAAGAUUUUUAUGAUGCUUUGAAUGAAGAUUUGGACUCAUCAUGUGAUGAUGAUUGGGUAGCUCCAUCCCCUAGUGAUGUUCAAUUUCUUAUUGAAGUUGAAUAUACAGGUGAUUUAUUAAUCUCACUUUCUGCAGACUUAGUAUUGAAUUAUCCAAGUAAAGAGUUUAUUACUUUACCAUUAAAAUUUGGUAUUACAGAUUUAGGUAUACAUUCCCUAUGUCUUGUUGCAUAUAUGUCUAAACAAAUAUUUAUUAGUUUUUUGUGUGAUGUUAGUGAUCCGAUCUUGGAUAAUGAUACCCAUAAUACAGAGUCGAUUUUAGAUCCCAAUGGAUCACUAAUGGCACCUAAGAGACCAUUUGAAAGGAUAUCGAUAAUACGUAGUUUAAAGAUAGACACUGAAAUUGGAGAACAACUUCAAGGUGAAGGAUCCAUAUUGAAGAAUGUUGGGAAAUUGGAACAAUUUCUGUUGGAAAAAUUUAAAGAUCUCCUGAGACAAGAAUUGGCAUGGCCAAGCUGGAUCAACCUGGACAUGACAGGAGAGGAGGAUGUUGUAGAUGCUCAUACUGAACAGAAUGACUGA